CGGUGCUCUGACAGCUGCUCUCUGUGUGAAACGGAAGACAUUUUGAGCUGCUGCGGUCGGUCCGGUUCAUUAUUCUAGUGUCAGCCUGAAGUCAGGGCUGACGUGCUGGAGAGUCAGUCUCCAGUCUCGAGCUGAAAGUCCGUGAGAAAAAGACGGAGAUUUAACGAAAAGACAAGUUGUAGUUUAACCGGCGUAUGUGUAGCACAGCUAGUUAGCUUCGAGCCAGCCUACAAAAGCUAGCAAAGUCCUAGAUGCUCGGUAGUUAGCGUCACCUAGCUGGCCUGCCCUCCUCCUCCACCUCCUCCACCUCGACAGCCGCAGACACAAUGGCUUUAAAACGAAUUACCAAGGAGCUAACCGAUCUGUCCAGAGAUCCUCCAGCUCAGUGCUCUGCCGGACCUGUCGGUGAAGACAUGUUUCAUUGGCAAGCUACUAUUAUGGGGCCUCCUGACAGUCCCUAUCAGGGUGGCGUAUUUUUCCUGACUAUUCAUUUCCCUACAGAUUAUCCCUUCAAACCACCCAAGGUCGCCUUCACAACAAGAAUUUAUCACCCAAAUAUUAACAGUAACGGCAGCAUCUGCUUGGAUAUAUUGAGAUCACAGUGGUCUCCUGCAUUAACUAUCUCUAAAGUCCUUUUGUCCAUUUGUUCUCUGUUAUGUGACCCGAACCCUGACGACCCGUUAGUGCCAGAGAUCGCCCGCAUCUACAAAACAGACCCUGUUAGGUAUAACAGGCUAGCCAGGGAGUGGACAGAGAAGUAUGCCAUGCUGUGAGGGGUACAACAAGACGGCUCAGGACUGGACUCAGAAAUACGCCAUGUGAUCCAUCUUCCUCUUCUUCUUCUUCUUCUUCUCACUCACUGCUGGAAUAAACUGAUUUUCUCAUGUGGCCACGCCCCCUCCCCUCCCUCUCAUCAGCCAAUAACAGCAAUUUGUUCAUUAUUUCUUUUUUGUCCUAAAUGCUUUUAAACUCUUGAUUUUUCUCUGCUUUUCAAAAUUAAAGUAAAAAAAAAAUAAGUAAACCAGGUGAAGGGCUGAGGACUCUGAGCUGUGAAUGUGCCAACUGCAAAACAAAAGAACAUGAAGCAGAGUGGACUGAAGAGAGAACUGUUACAAUUAUAAAAUAAUUUAAUGCAUGUCAGUGAUUGGUUCAUGUGCUGCUGAGAUAAAAAACAAACAAACAAAAAAAUACAAAAAAAAGAUGAUGACAGCUUUUUUGGGUUUUAUUCUGUUUUUGUUUUGUUGUUUUUAGACGAGAGAGCCGUUAGUUCAUCCAUCAUCCAACACUGUUCUCCUCUUUUUGCACUGAAGAUGAAACUCAAAGCUCUCAACGGCUGAUCGAUCAACUAAUAGCUCUGUGAUGGUUUUUUUCUCAAUAAAGUUGAACAAAUUGCA